GCUUCCUUGUACGCUACUCACUCAAAUUUUCAAUGUUGUUUAACUGAUAAAUAAAAAUAACUGGUCGUCUAUAUGUGGUAGUGGUAUUAGCUAUCAACUAUUUCUAUAUAAUGUCUAAGAAGUAUAUUGUGAAAGCUUUAACUAGUGUUGUGAAAGGAUAUACAAAAUUGGUCACAUUUCUGGAGAAAAAAUGGGCUGAUAAACAUGCUUCAUCUUUUCGUAAUUAUACAUUAUUCAAAAAAGGUGUACACUCGACGUUAAUGGAUGUCAGUGAUCUUGGCCAACUGAUGACUCAUAUCACUCUUUGUUCCCGACCAGUUGUAGAGUUAUUACCAACUUUAAACCGACAUCAAGUGUAUGUUUUACGUCAGGUACCCAAAGAUUUGAUGCGUAUUUCUCCUGUAUUAAUUCUUGCUCCACUCCCUGGAACAAUACUAAUUUUACCAAUAUUUUUCGCUUUCCCCCGAGUAUUUCUAUCACGCGCAUUUUGGACACCAGAACAGUGUGAAUCUAUAGACACAAAAGCUCUGGCACAUAGAUUUCAUAGUGGAGUUCAGUCUUCAUUAUUAGAACAACUUCAUUUAGCUACUGAGACGUCUUUAUCGUCUGCCGGUUACUCUCAACCUGUUCUUAGAUCCUUAAAGGAAUUCGCUGAUGUCUUAAAUCAGAUUUCACAAUCAAAGCCGAUAACCUUGAAUCAGGUUCCUGCAGUUAUCCCAGCUUUCAAGGGUCCUUUGGCUUUAGAGCGACUGGAUAAAUCACAUUUGACUGGUCUAUGCAAGCUACAUGAUCUAUCAAUUUGUUCAUAUGCUUGGACAAUGAACAGUUUCUUAUGGGGUGAUACCUAUACAAGGAAAUCUAUUCUACAAACUUAUCGUAUACUUGUAUUGAAAAAGCAUGCACAUUUUUUGUAUGCAGAGGACAAAUGUAUGAACACUGAAAAACUCUGCUGCAUUGAUGAUGAUAAUAAUAGUCCAUCAUCAGAGUUUAAACAGCUUUGUUUAUUACGUGGCAUUAAUCCAUAUGCAAUGAAUAAUAAAGAUUUAAUGGAAGAAUUACGCUUGUGGAUUUCAAUGUCUACAAUCGCAUCAAUUCUUCUACAGGUGGAACUGAUGUGGAUAUCAAAGUGGGAGGGUCGAGAAAGCAAGGCAAACUUUCAUUAUUCUCAAGUUUGUGUGAAGGUCAACAGCACUUGGCAUGAAAAAUAAGAUCCGGAUUCUCAACUCCAAUGUGAUGUGAGUGCUAAUAUACGGAUCAGAGACUUAGUUCCGCGUCACGAGGGACACUUCGAACAAACUACAGAGCUUCAUCAACACCUGUCUUCGCUCAGUACUCAAGAUCAGACGGUCAGAGUAGAUCAGCAACAGAGAUCUUUGGCAAUGAGCAAACCAACUCAGCAGUAACCAACUGUGCAACAAAUAUGCAGGAAAAAAGUGGAAAUGAGAAAACGAACCAUCAAGUGACAUCACACGCCAGACUCUCUCGAGUGGAAUCCGAAUGGGAAGUGGCGAGUUGGUCGUCAGUGCGAGAGUGACGUGGAGUAGGUCAUGUGAAGAGGAGAUGAAAGCAUGUGGGCAGACGUGGAGCCAGUUGAAAUCUUAGGCGGUUUACGGAACGCAGUAGAGACGUGUGGUUGAAGCCCUAUGUCCCUCUAGGAAUUAAAGGAAACUAAUAAUAAUAAUAAUAAUAAUUGAGUUCUUCAUAUAUUCCUUUGAGUCCCGUGUAUAGAGCAUCAAGCUUUUAGUUUUGAAAUUUCAGCAGCGGUGGUGGUGUUGUCUUAAGACAGUGGGGUUACUAGCCUCACCUCCGACCUUUCCUAUUUUUUCGAGCUUUCUACCGGCUAGUAAACCAGGUGAAGUUUACGAGUGCAUCGGCUGGGAAUAGAACUGUGGACAGUGUGUGUGGUUGGCAGGGAUUCUAACGUUUUACCACUGAUGCACUACUAUUCUUUGAGUAGUAUAUUGAAAUAAAAAUGAAAUAGUUCAGCUUAUAAUUGUUUGUAUAAGAAGUUUGAAGUACGAGUAUCGUAUCAUUAUUCAUUAUAGUGGCAUGCUUAUUACUUAACAGCUGACCUGUCAAAACUAGUGGGUGAACAGUUCAGUGUAUACCAAGUUGUACUGAUUGAUUUGUGUGCUGGGUUUGAAUGUCCCUUGGUGGGAGCAACAUAAUUUGGCUUAGAAACUUCGAACUGACAUUUUCGAUGUAAGAUGUCUUCAAAUAAAUAGGCGUUUAGCAUUUAAAUGGUUAGAGACAAUCGGCAUGAAGGCCUGGACCUAGGUUGUGAGCUUGUCGGCAUUCAUCAGCACGGCAUAUCAGUAGACUGUUCUCUGGCGAUGUUUGGUUGUAAAGGGAAUGCCGAGAAAAUA